GCAUUCUUCCUUACACAUAAAGACUUUUGUAUCACAAGGGCAUUACCUGCACCAACGAGCUCCACUGUAUUGAACCUCGCGUCGUUGAAGGCCUUUCAACCACCGACAAGCAUUUUGAGAAUCGCACCGGCAAAUCGUAAUCAUAUGGUCAUAACUCUGACUGCUACGUUGUAGCGACCGGGCGCGGCGUUGUGAGGCGCGAGAACGAGCGAACGAGUGGUUGCUCCGAGGGUUCCCAAGCGACGCCGCGCGAGCGCACGGCUCGCGUUGUAUGACUCAAAUACCUGGCCGCCUGCAUGGCGGCAGCGUUGCAAGGUUGGCUUUUCGGGUCCGAGCAACUUCUCUGACGGCAUGUUGUCGUCGACCACACGCAGCUUCUCGAGGCGGCGCGCCGCUGCGUGUGCUCGCGGUUCUGGAGCAGCCCCGUCGCACCCCCCAAGACCACCAACACCACAACCACGACCACAACCACGACCACAACCACGACCACAACCACCAACAUCAACAGGACCACCAACACCAACACCAGCAGCAGCACCCGCCUAAGGCCGCCGGCCGCACCAACUCGAACAACAGCAGCAGCAGUACCAGCGCAAGCGCAAGCGCAAGCGCCAGCGCCAGCGCCAGCGCCAGCGGCUAUCAGCUGCAGCAGCGGCCCCUAUUCCACAGCCCCCGCCAGCAGCCCCCGAGCCAGGCCCCGUGCCCGGCUCCGGCCCAGGCACAGGCCAAAGCACUUUCCGAGGCCCAGGCCCAGGCCCGGAUGACCCCGCAGCAGCAGCAGCGGCCGCCGCCGGCCCUCCGGCAGCGGCCCGGGCCCACUCCCUCCCUUGAGGGGCUUGAGGCGCGCGGCCGCCGCCACCACCCCAACCAGCAGCAGCAGCACAAGGUUGCGGAGGAGGCGGGGGAGGCAGGGGAGGCAGGGGAGGCUCAGGUGGAGCUCAACGUGGGAGGCCGCAUCAUCCGCGCCUGCCGCGCCACACUGCUGCAGGUGCCCGGCAGCCGCCUGGCCGCCGCCCUCAGCUCCUCCACCGCCCUCAGCUCCUCCACCGCAGCCCCCUCCUCCCCCGCCCUCAGCUCCUCCACCGCAGCCCCCACCUCCACCGCCCCCAGCUCUUCCUCCCCAGCCCCCACCUCCCCCGCCCCCAGCUCGUCUGCGGUCCCCAACUCCACCGGCCCCAGCACUACCCGCACCAGCAGUAGCACCGGCACCACCGGCACCAGCAGUAGCCCCAGCAGUAGCACCACCUGCACAACCAGCUGUAGCACGAGCAGUGCCCCUGCCCCCACGACGGCCGCAUCGUCGUCCGCUGCUGCCCUCGGCGGCGGCGUCAGCGGCCCGGUGCCGCCCCUGCUGCGGCGCGACGGCUGCGGGCGUGUGUGUCUGGACGUGCGGCCGGAGCUGUUCGCAGCGGUGCUGGACUACCUCACACAGCUGAGGAGGGCGCGGGAGGGGGAGCACCAGCACCAGCAGCAGCAGCAGCAGCACCAGCAGCAGCAGCAGCAGCAGCAGCAGCAGCAGCGGAAGCAGUGCACCGGAGAGGAGGAGGACGCGGGGGCGGCGGGCCCAGCAGGAGCGGGAGGCGGAGCCGGAACCAGUACGGCCGCCGCACAGCAGCAGGGGCCGGUGCAGCGGGGGCCGCCGCGCCUGCCCGAGGUGGCGGCGGCAGACCAGCCCGCGCUGCGCCGCCUGCUGUCACUGCUGGGGCUCCUGCCCUUCACCACCACCACCACCGCCACCACCACCGCCACCACCACCGCCACCACCACCAGCAGCACAGACGCGGCCGCCGCGCCGCCCCACACCGUUCCAGCCGGCAGCAGCCUACAGCCCCGGAGCCCGCAUCCGCAACAUCAGCACUCGUAUCCACACCCGCAACAUCAGCAGUCGCAGUCGCAGGGCCGGUCGCAUCAGCAGCCCGGCGAUGCGGCAAGGGCCCGCCGACCGCCACUCAGGCGGCUUGCAGCGGCGUCUGCGGCAGUGCCGUUUCCUGCCACCGCCGCUACUGCCGUUACUGCUUCUGCCGCAACUGCUACUGCCGCUGCCGGGGGGCCGCAGCAGCCGCAGCGGUCGCAGCAGCAGGGGCCGCAGCGGGGGCAGCAGGGGCAACAGGGACAGCAGCAGCAGGGGUCGCAUCAGCAGCAGGGUCAGCAGCUGAGGCAGCAACAGCAGGUGCGCUCAAACGUGGUGCCGUUUCGGCAACACACCCAGCGGCAGCGGCAGCGGCACGGCGCGGCAGACAGCUACGGCGACGACGGCGCGGCGGCUUCCCGCAGCACCCCCAGCAGCACCCCCAGCAACAACCCCAGCAGUAGUAGCAGCAGCAGCAGUAGCAGCAGUAGCAGUAGCAGCAGCAGCGGCAGCCAGCGGCAGCAACUGCACCACCACCAGCAGCGGCAGGAGGGAAAGACGUUGUUGGAGAAGGCUGACGUGCGCGGUGGCGUGCGCGGCCUCAGCCCCAGCCCCGCCGGCCCCAGCCCCGCCGGCCCCAGCAGCAACAUCAGCGGCGGCAGUAGCAGCCGCAGCCGCGGCAGCUACAGCCGGGGCCGGGGCGGUGGGGAGGAGGCGCUGUGGCCGGGGGAGCCGCCGGCGCCGCUGGGGGAGGCGCCCUCGGCCGCCGACAUGCGCCUACGGUCCGGCGGCGGCGGUGGCGGCGGCCGCCGGCGGCGCAGCCGCAGUGCCCACCAAAACCACCCGCACGACCCCCACCACUUGCUGCCAGCCGGCGGCCCGGUCUCAUCGUCGUCGGCGGCGGCGGCGGCGGCUGCGGCGGCUGUGUCCCAGCUGUUUUACAUUUCCACCGAGUUCACGGAGGCACGCGGGCUCAAGGUCAGUGUGCACACGGAGCAGGACCUGCUGAGGGCCGGUGGCAGUAGCAGCGGCGGCAGUAGCAGUGGCAAGGAAAGCGGCAGUAGCAACGGCAGCGGCAGCAGCGCCGCGUCGCCGCCGGCUGCCUCGGCCUCUUCCGGUGCGGGGGCGGCGGCGGCGGCUGCGGCGGCGUCCUUUGACAUGUUUGUAGACACCACGUACAGCGCCGCCGCCGCCACGGUGGGCGGCGGCUGGGGCCGGCAGAACAAGCACCAGAAUAACCACCACAACCACCACAAUCAUAACCACAACCACCAGCUCAACCACCAGCAGCAACCGCCGCUGCUGAGUAUGACGUGUGUGUCGCGGCGCGCCCUGCCGCCCGGCGGCGUGUUCCUGGGCCUCACCUCGGCGGCGCACCUGGACCGCCGCGCUGCCGCCAUACCCUGCUACGGCUGGAAGAGCAACGGCUGCACCUACACCGACACCGACACAGCAGCCCGGCAGCAGCAGAGCCGCGACAGCUCACCCCGCCGGCAGCAGCACCAACAGCCGCAGCAUCGCCCCCGGCACGGUGGCACGGCGGACGGGCUGGGCUCACCACUACUUGAGUCUCUGGAUGAAACCAUCUUUGGCCCCACCGCCGCCGCCGCCGCCGCCAGCAGCGGCGGCUCUGCGUCAGUCCGCGAGGCGCGGUUGAAAGGCCAGGGGGCGGCGGCGGGCGGGGAGGCGGCGGGGGGUCAGGAGGCGGAGGCGGCGUGUGUGCCGCUGUGGGGCCGGGGCGACUGCGUGGAGUUACUGCUGCGGGCGGGCGGGCGCCACUGCCAGCUCGAGCUCAAGGUGAACGGUCGCACGGUGGAUGUGAUCAACCGCCUCCCGCUGCUGGGGCACUGGUGCUGGUACGUGGGGCUGUGGCCGGCGGGUGGCGGCGGCGGCGGCGAGGUCAGUGCGGCGGUGCUGCAGCGGGACCAGUACGCCGUGUACUGGGGAGACUACAGCGUCAAGCGGUUCCUGUGAUGGAGUUGAGGACUUGCGAGGCUGCUGUAAUGCUGUACAACAAACAUGGGAUGUGGGCGAGUGUGUAAAAUUACACGUACACACAUACUGUACGGCACGGUUGAGUUGUUUGGCAUUGGCGUAGUGAUGAACGGUGCCGUAUGAAAUUUAGGGAUUGAGGCCGGCGCGGCUGGGCCUUCUUCAUCGGUCCUUUGUUUGAGCAUUGAUUGGUGGAUUUACCGAUGCAAGGUUGGGUCAUUGUUUACGUUGUGAUGGGUCGAGUCCGCGUCAACCCCGUGGGGUGCGAGGCUGCAACCCACGCACUAGGAUACAUUGGCGGCAGAGAUACGGUGGUGGCUGCACCUCGCGCAGCAGGUACUUAGUCUAGUUUAAGAUUGGCUCCGAUGUAAAGCGUGGAUGUAAAGCUAUGACUUGUAUUCUUUUACGUUGUGCACCGGCAAUGGUUGGGGUGGUCGUGGUGGCUCGCGUAAGAAUCUGCUUCAGCCCGCACGCAGUCAUGCGCGUAGCUGUGCGCAGGAGCAUGCGUUCGGGUGCCUGGGUGGUAAAGAUCAAAGGUUGUGAGAGCCUAAGAAGGCCUUGCUGUGAAAGGCGUGAUGACGGGCCUUCAAAAAGAAUUAUGAGUUGACGGAGGCGCGAGUGAGCGCGCGUGUCCGCAGUUCUCAUGUAUUUUGCGUGGAGCGGUCGACCAAGGGGUGUGCCUGUCGCGACAGGUCUGGUUUCAGGGGUUCCUGUCUGGUUUCGUCUGGUCACGUAGUAGUUGGCAAAACUAAAGGGGUUUGCUUUGCUUUGCUGGUGUUGGCAUAUUGUUUCAGGGUAGUGUCGCGGGGAGGCUUUGCGUUUGUUUAGCCAUCACUUGCUGGGUGCCUUGUUUGGUCUUCUGCUUUUGCAUCUGCCGGCCGCCAGCCCGGGGCGCCGCCUCCGCUCCAUCAUUGUGAAGCAAACAGUGCCCGGGUGUGAAAUGGCUGUGGGCGGGUUGUUAGUUGCUGGCUACUUGUUUGCACAAUCUUCUUCUCAGAAACAAAUGCUUGAACUGGCGCUUGUGCCGAAACUGUUUUCGACGAGGUGAAAGCGAGGACCGAGGAUUUCUCAUUGUUGGUCGGCACUUGCCGUACUUUGUGGGCGGUAAUGUCUGUGUAGGCGCGGAGGGGCACACCUAAUCUCCUAAAGCAGGUGCAGAUUAGCUGCACGUCGAGUGGACUGAAGCGUCGAGUGGACUGAAGCGGUGAGAGGCAGGAAUGAAGGCAAUGGGAGCGUCUGCAGGAGGGUGGCGGUUGAUGCGUGCGUGUGAUUGUGCCUCUCUGCGUCUGCGAGCGAGCGACUGCUGCUGGAUGGCGCUGGUACACGGGUCCGGUUGCUUCCAGACUUUCCGCCAAGAAGAUGUGUGGUCGUGUGGAGCGAGCCAUAAGCAACUGGCAGUUUUGCUACCCGAUACCCGUGUGGCAGGGCCUGUAACAUAUGUCUGGU